CCUCUCUCACCCAUCUUCAUAUUUAUACAAUCCCUCACUCCCCAAUUUCCACUCAACAAAUUCUCCACUUUCCCAAUUUUACCAACUCCACUCCCUUCUCUCUCACCUUCAAUUACAAAACCAUGCAAAGCUUUGAACCCAACUUCACCUUUUCCACCUCAAUUUCACAACCAAUUCAAACUUCAGUUUCACAAUCUGAUAUCAGCAUCACUGAUUACCUUGUACCCCAACAAGAUCUUCGGUUUCAAUUUCAAUUUCAAGUUCCCAUGAUCAGCAAUAAUAACACACCAAUGAACCAACCCCACCUUCAAAUGCCUCAAAUUUCACAAUCUUUCUCCAAGCCUCCAAAGUCCUCAAACCUAAGCAACCGCAAACCCUCCUUGAAGAACAUCACAAUCCCUUCCAUAACCUCAGGUCUUGCAACAGCUAUGUCACAACACAUGGAUACAACAACAACUAUGUUUAGCAACAAUCAGAUUAGCUCUUUUUCUUCUUCAGAUGAUGCCAACAAUACCAAAGAGGAGAAGCACUAUAGAGGGGUUAGAAGAAGGCCUUGGGGUAAGUUUGCUGCUGAAAUUCGUGACCCUAAUAGAAAAGGGUCAAGGGUGUGGCUUGGAACCUUUGACACGGCCAUAGAAGCUGCUAAGGCUUAUGACAAAGCAGCUUUCAAGAUGAGAGGGAGCAAGGCUAUAUUGAACUUCCCUUUGGAGGUUGGGGAGUCAGAAGAAUCAGUUUCAAACUGCACCAUCAAGGUUGGUGUGAAGAGAGAGAGAGAGGAAGAGAGUGAAGGGAAACAAGGGAACAAGUAUGAUGAAGAAAGUAAUAAUUUUAAUAAUAACAAUAGUAAUAAGAUGGUGAAGAAAGAAGAGUGUUCUCCAAAAGGGGUAUGCCCUUUGACCCCCUCAUGUUGGAAAGGGUUUUGGGACACUGAUGUUAUGGGAACCAUCUUUAGUGUGCCUCCUUUGUCACCUUUGUCUCCACUAAUGGUUGUUUGAGAUUAUUAUGGCCUUCUGCUCUUCCAAUGAUGAUGUUCAGUGGCCAAAGGAUGAAAGAAUUGAAGAGAGGGAUGAUGCUGCUGAUUGUCCUCUCUGAUUUAGGAUAAUAAUUUUCCUAAAUCAAAAUGGUAGUAUGGUAGUAGUAGUACUAGAUUAUUUUGCUAUGGGUUUGUUUAAUGUAAAUAUAGGAUAGUAUGAAGCAAGAUUCCAAGAUUUUUUUGUUUGUUAUAAAAAAAAAAAAAAAAAAAAAUCUCAUGCUUAUCUUCUUCCCUUUGUUUGAUCAAAAUGCACUGUACUUGAAUCAAUAUUGAAAUUUGUUUAUUCGUUUAUUGGAGAA